AGAGCAGAAAGUAUAAAUACCCCCGAUAUGUCCAGACUGCAGCGGUGCUGGUGAGUGGUACAACAAGACUUAGCUUGGGUAGGGAAUUACAAACAAACGACAACUCAGACAGACUGAAAUUAAAUACCAGACAUACUUUGACCAAGAGUGGCUUCACAGCGCUGGAAAAAUCACUUUUAAUUUGAAAAGAUUUCCAUUUCGAGAAGAUUCUCCUCCGAUUGGAGAAGACGCGCCACUAACCACAGAUAAAGGACAUACAUUGUAAUAAAUUCUUUAAUUUUUUUUUUUUUAAUCACAUUUGAUGCAGUUUCCAUUGCAGAAGAUGUGUUCCACUGUGUGUUUGGUCUUUUUACUCCUGUGCGUAAUGAACGCGGCACUUCCCACUCCAUUUGAAUCAGAGGAUAUUGUACCUGUGCGGAUAAAUGGAAGACUCAGCGGUCGGUUUUGGAAAAGAAGCGAGGAACUGCCUCGAUUUACCCUGAGUGCAUUUGGCAAGGACUUGACUCUAAACCUUGUACCAGAUACCAGCUUCAUCGCGCCUUCCUUCACCAUACAGCGCAUCAAAGCCAGAGAUGUUGGCGCUUUACGCAGCGCUUCAGGUGCCCAGCCUGCCGCGGAUCUCCAGCAGUUCAUGAACCAGACAGAGGAGAGUGAAGGGCAGCUCAGGGGCUGCUUUUACUCGGGGAAUGUAGAUGAUGAUCAGAGCUCGGUUGUGGCUGUCAGUUUGUGCUCAGGCAUCUUUGGCUCCUUCAUCACGGAGGGGAAAGAGUAUUUAAUUGAGCCCAAACAUCGCGGCGGCCUGGGGCCAGACUCUGCCGAGCAGCUGCAUGUCAUCAAAAGGAGGACAUUCACCCAAAGCCACGGUGUUCCCCUCCUGUUUGAUCACGCGGCGGCGGAGAGCAGAGCGGAGAAGCACAAUGGGGAAAGUUUUACGCAUGAAGGCAGUGACGCACAGAGGGAACCUCGCCGGAGACGCUUUGUUUCCGCGCCACGCUUCAUAGAGACCCUGGUGGUAGCAGACUCAACCAUGACCCACUUCUAUGGAGAUGAAAUAAAGCACUACAUUCUGACCCUGAUGUCGAUGGCGGCCCAGCUUUACAAGCACCCCAGCAUAAAGAACUCAGUAAACAUGGUGGCGGUGAAGAUGUUGGUGGUGGAGGACGAGGAGGUUGGCCCGCAGGUGUCCAGCAACGGAGGUGUGGCUUUGAGGAACUUCUGCUCCUGGCAGCAGAUCUUCAACCCGCCGAGCCAGAGGCACCCGGAGCACUAUGACACUGCCAUGCUCUUCACCAGAGAGGACAUCUGCGGACAGAAGAGCUGCGACACGCUGGGUGUGGCCGACGUCGGGACGAUGUGUGAUCCCAAAAGAAGCUGCUCAGUUAUCGAGGAUAACGGCCUGCAAGCUGCCUUCACAGCUGCACACGAGCUGGGUCAUGUGCUGAGUAUGCCUCAUGACGACUCCAAGACCUGCGAGAGGCUGUUUGGAGAUCUGGGAGGACAUUACCUGAUGGCGCCGCUGUUUGUCAGCCUCAACAAGACUGUGCCCUGGUCUCCCUGCAGUGCUCUCUACAUCACCGAGUUCUUUGACAACGGACAUGGGGACUGCCUGCUGGAUGUCCCAGAGAGCACCAUUCCAUUACCCAGAGAGCUGCCAGGCACCAAGUACAGCCUGGACCAGCAGUGCCAGCAGAUGUUUGGAGAGGAGUUUGUCCAUUGCCCCAACUCCUCCGACACGGAUACUUGCAGCCAGCUGUGGUGUCAGGAGGAUGGGACGCAGCAGUGCUCCACCAAGAACGGCAGCUUGCCCUGGGCUGACGGCACCCCGUGUAACUUCAACAGGACCUGCCUCCACGGAGAGUGCAUGCCGACUCAGGAGGUGAUGCAGCCACUGGUGGUUGUGGACGGCGGCUGGAGCUUGUGGGGGCCAUGGCAGCAGUGCUCCAGAACAUGUGGAGGUGGGGUGGAGUUCUCCUACAGGGAGUGCACUAACCCUGUGCCUCAGAAUGGAGGGAAGUACUGCGAGGGGCAGAGGGUCCAGUACCAGUCCUGCAACACGCAGCCCUGCGACAACAACGACGGAAAGAGUUUCAGAGAGGAGCAGUGUGAGAAGUACAACAGCCCCAACUACCUGGACUACAACGGUAACAUGAAACAGUGGAUCCCAAAGUACGCUGGUGUUUCUCCCAGAGACAGAUGUAAGCUGUUCUGCAGGGCCAGGGGCAGCAGUGAAUUCAAAGUGUUUGAAUCCAAGGUGAUCGAUGGUACAACCUGUGGCCCUGACACCACAUCGGUGUGUGUCCAAGGCCAGUGUGUGAAGGCGGGCUGCGACCAGGUGAUUGGAUCCAACAAGAGAGUGGACAAGUGUGGAGUGUGUGGAGGAAAUGGGCUCACGUGUAGAAAGAUCACAGGCUCCUACAACAAAGCAACCUAUGGAUACAGCGACAUUGUCACAAUUCCUGUUGGUGCUACCAACAUUGACAUCAAACAGCGGAGCCACAAAGGAAUCAAACAUGAUGGGAACUACCUGGCUAUAAAGAAGGAGGGUGGCGGCUACAUACUCAACGGGAACUUCUCUGUAUCCACGGUGGAGCAGGACAUUCCUGUGCUGGGUGCGGUGCUAAAGUACAGUGGCUCCUCCACCACACUGGAGAGGAUCCAGAGCUUCAGGCAGCUGAAGGAGGCCAUCACUAUACAACUCCUUGCCACUGCGGGAGACGCCAACCCUCCCAAGGUCAAAUAUACCUUUUUCAUCCCUAGAGAUGUGACCUUCAACAAAUCCAAGGAAAAGAAGGGCUCAUCAUUGUCUUUGCAUGUGAUCCAUCCAUUCGGUGUGCCUGACUGGGUGCUUGGGGAGUGGUCUGAGUGCUCCAAGAGCUGCGGCUCCGGAUGGUCCAGGAGGAACGUUGAAUGCCGAGACGACGCAGGCUUCCUCUCCAGCCAGUGCGACAAAGACCUGAAGCCCGUAGACAUCAGGCCUUGCGGGGAUCUGCCAUGCCCCAUAUGGCAGAUGGGACCUUGGUCCGUCUGCUCGCGAACUUGUGGUCAGGGAGAGCGCCGCCGCACCGUCUUCUGCAUAGACUACACUGGGAAGACUGUUGAGCCAGAGAAGUGCGAUCCGAAAAAAAUCCCAGAGCCAGUCUCCGGAGAAUGCCUCAACCAAGAGUGCUUAUGAAGAACAUGAGUAUAGUGAACUUUCCCUUUUUGGUCUGACUGCACUUAGCAAACAUGGAUGGAUUACAGAACGGGCACAUUGGGCACAGGCCUAGGGACCCAACAGGGCAGGGGCAGAGACACAAUAUAACCACCAAGAGACAUAUAACCACACUGACAUUAAAUGACUACAAAGAGACACAUAACGACUACAAACGAAUGCAUAACAACUACAAAGAACAUCUCUACUUUAUUUUUGUGUCUCUGAGAUUCUGAGAGUUCUGGUCCAGCUGUAAAAGUAAAAGUUUUUGUGUCUCUUUCAGUCUGGAGGUCUUGCUUCUAUGUAGGAGGGGUGGGGGGACCUUUUACAUGUCUGUGCCCAGGGGCCCAUUGCCUCAUAAUCCGUCCAUGCUACCAACUGGUCACAUCAAGUCACAUCAGGGGCAUUUGCCUGAAUAUUGUUUGGUCUUCUUUUGUUGACAUUUGACAACCACUAUAGAGAUUUGUAACGGUGGAAAUCUACCUCAGAAUGUACAUGUGAUGCUAUGUAUAGAUACGAGAUGAAGGUGCUGUGUGUACGUUUUCUCCAGAAAGAGAAGUUCUCGCCCCACUUAAAGCAGAAACUAACUUUUUGGAUGAAGUCUGGUAUAAUCUGCACUGUGUCUUGCUAAGUUAGGUAUCAUUUAAAGUGGGGCUGGGACAAAGGCAUUAAAUCUGCUGUCAGACACCAGCACAGUGUAAAUAUACCUCCUAUUGUCCUCCACAGAACUCAGACCCCUAUAAAACUCUGAUCGAGCCAUUUACUGCUUAUUGAGGUAGAUACAUAUGAUUGGUGCAUUGGAAUUGUAAAGGGAUGGGUCAGAUUUUUUGAAGCAGAGUUGUAUGGGGUACUUAUCUAUGGACAGUAUGUUACAUACAGUACAUGUGAGUGGACAUACCCCCAGUGUGGAGAAGCAGGCUGGUGUCGAACAUGGAAACUAGGCCUACUGUUGUGGAUGGGAGCAGCAGCAAAACACACUUUAACCACCUUUAAGAGGCGUACCUAAAGAAAUCUGUACCAUUUAGAAUAACAAAAAAACAAGUGGUUAAUAAGGAACUGAUGACGAAUGACUGAGUUACUAUUAGUUCAU